CCGAGCCAACAAAAAAAAAAAGAGACAGGGAGCAACUUCAAACACGUGUCUCUUCGCCAGCAUGGAAAAAGAGGAGCAUGUGGAAGUAAAGAUGGAAAAAUUGGAUCCAGAUGGACCCCCGAAAGAGGCAAGAGACCCUACUGGUGCUUCACUAGGAACUGGUAGGGAGGCCCUCAGUGGGCUGGCUCCAAAGCAAAUUAAGCUGGAACCUGAAGAGGGGUCACAGCACCAGUGGGAAGCCCAGUGGCAGGAGUUCCUGAAGACGGUGGAGUCCCCUCGCUCAGGAUGGCGGCGGCCACAGAUACCUCAGCUGCAAUCAUGGGAGAAUACAAAAUCUUUUCAGGACUUCUUCAGGGGAGUUGCAGAUGUAACCCAGCACCUUGGGGGACAGCUUGAGACUGAGUCUCCAUUGGGUCUCCAUAGGGGCCUCUGCGAGGCCCUGGAAAGUCCAGACCCCCCUGUGGCAGUGAAAGAAGAGAGGCUGGAUGAAAAGGGUGUCGACCCGCAGGUGAGCUGUCGGCGCUUCAGGCGCUUCUGCUACUGGGAGGCCAAAGGGCCCCGAGACGUUUGCCGGCAGCUCUGGAGACUCUGUUGUCAGUGGCUGGAGCCAGAGAGAUGCACCAAGGAGGAGAUCCUGGAUCUGCUGGUCUUGGAGCAGUUCCUGAGCAUCCUGCCAGAGGAAAUGCAGAGCUGGGUGCAGGAAGGAGGGCCCAAGAGCUGCCUCCAGGCGGUGACCUUGGCUGAGGCAUUCUUGCUUAGGCUGGAGGAGCCGGAGAAACAAGGAGGGCAGUGUCAGGAGCUGGAGCCUUUUGAGGAGGUGAUUGUUCAUUCCCCCAAGGAAGAGCCGGAUCUGUCAGAUACCGAGGAGAUGGAGCUCUCUGGGACAGCAAUGCAGGAGGGCAAGGCGGGUGCCAGGGUGUUUGAAGACAAUGGGCAAACGAUUGAGAGUGAAGCAGAGAAUCUUCCUCCAGAGAAACCUGACCAAGCGGAAGGCAGCAUGAAGCUGGCGGAAUGGGUAGCAGGGAAGCAUCCGCAGGAUUCUCCGUUUGUCCAAGACGGCAAGAAAGAAAGGCAGAACCUUCCACCAGAGAGAGCCAGACAGGCUGAAGUCAGCGAAAUCUCUUUGGAAAAGCCCAGUGGGAACCUCUUCCAUGUUCAUAAAGGGGAUGGAGCACCGGGAAGUCAACCGGGCUCCAAACGACCCCAGGAAAAUCCUCCAAGGAAGACGCUGCAGAGAGACAUUGAUUGCAGGGUGGAAGAUGAUGGAAUCUUAAACGAGAGCCUGUCUCAAGAGAGGGUCCCUGCAGCCGAGUGUGGGAAAAGCUUCAGUCUGGGUUUGGACCUUGGUCCACCUCCAAAGACCCAAUCCUAUGAAUGUUCAUACUGUGGGAAAAGGUGGCCAUGCCAAUCUCAGCUGCGCAGGCAUGUGAAAAUCCACACGGGGGAAAGACCGCACAAGUGUAUGGACUGUGGGAAAAGCUUCAGCACUAGCUCCAACCUCAGCCAGCACAAAAGGGUACACACAGGAGAGAGGCCCUACAUUUGCAAAGACUGUGGGAAAAGCUACCGGCGCAGGGCCUCCCUGGUCCAACACGAGAGGGAAACCUGCGCAAAGGGAAGCCAUUUGAACACCUCGGCGGUGGGUUAUGUUGUUUUGGGAAACUGCACUUUGCUUUGCGUGAAAAAGUCGACACCAGGUGGAAGAAACCGUGUCAUUGCUCCGAAGGGGGGAGAACCGCCUCUAGCCCCUCCGCCCCUAAAGGUUUUGACAGGGUACAGCCAGGAGAGAAGUCACUCAAAUGAUUAAGUUGGGUUGGGAGGGGGAAGGGGGACAGAUUCUAGCGGCAGGCCAAACCUCCUCAUUCAACGCAAGGCGGGUCUUGAUGAGGAAGACAGUGGUUCGAAGUGCAGCGAAAAUAUUUUGUCAGGAAUCACAGGUGACUGUGUGAGAGAGAGUCGUGUCGUCUGACCCCCACACAUGCAGAAACCAUUUUCCACUCUGACUUAUUUUGCAGGCCUUAAAUUGGUCAAUGAGUGAGAAUUUGCCUGGAAGCUAAGGAACGGCUGUAAGGUGCUCAAAAUAGAGAUGACGAGGUGUCUGUGUCUAUUGCACUGAACUUUAUUAUUAUUAUUAUAGAGUCCACAAUGCCUUUUUUUUUUGAGGAGGAAAAUAAAAAUGUGCCUGUAA